GAAGGGGUGCUGCGCGUUCGCGAGGAGAUAAGGUCAACGUGCGUUUCUCCGAUUGCUCGUACCGAUCUCGUUGGAAUCGCUAACGUCAGCAUUAUUCGAGGGGUUGUUUUCCCGACCUUGAUACGACCCCGUUUGACGAUUAUCGGCUCACGCUGUGCGAAAGCUGUUCGAGAGGAGAUCGAGCCUGUUUGAAUCAGGGCACCCGCUGAGGUUAGGAAUCGUAGAGAAUAAGAGGGUUUUUCAGGUGCCCAAGAAACGAAGGAAAAAGAAUUUUUCUCAUAUCAGUCGACAAGUGCGUUUUUGUGUAAUCAGUUAGUUAGUUGAAUUUGUGAUUGUUGGUUGUUGUGCUGAUUGUAUAGUCAACGCGCUGACGCACCGUCUAGGAUAUUACACGUAUUUGUGAAAAGUGAUUACUUACGCUCGUCGAGGUAUUGAGCUUCGGAAACAUGUGCUGAUUUUUUAAAGGAUUCCACCCAACCGCCGGCAUUGCAGCAGUUGGGAACGAAAAGCUCCGGUGAAUCCCUAACUGCAAAGUUUCGUGAGCGAGAAGUUUGUUGAGAAUCUACAGAAGAAACUAGCCUGGAAACGCAAGGAGAGGUGGUGCUCAGGUGCUAAGUGCAGCGCAGCUGGUGGUUGCCCGGGGCAAGGCGAGUCUGGUCAACAUGACCCUCGUCUUCCUGGCACUGUUGGUGGCGAUCAACCCAAUCCUAACGGCAGCAGACGGGAACUUCAGCGACUUAUCCUACAUCCAUUAUUUAACGCAUCCACCGGAAAUUUUGAGAAGACCGCGAUCGCAGCAUGUCAAGGCUGGUGGAAUAGCGUCGUUUUACUGUGACGCCCGUGGGGAUCCCCAGCCCCAGAUACAGUGGCGAAAAAAUACCAAGAAAUUAACAACAUCCCAGCCUCGUUACUUGGUGCAAUCCUACCCCGGUGGUGCUUUUCUGAGAAUCGAACCUGUGCGCGAUGUUCGAGACGAUGCUACCUACGAAUGUGUUGCUGAAAAUGGCGUCGGCGAUGCCGUUUCGGCUGAUGCCAAGCUCACCGUCCACGAACCGGAAAAUUUGCCUCCCGGUUUUCCGAUGAUCACUCAGGCGCCCACGACUAAGGUAGUUGAAAUCGGGCACAGCGCAGUGCUGUCUUGCGCCGCUGUUGGAUCGCCAAGACCCAUUAUCUCUUGGGUCCGAGACAUGAUGCCCAUCGACACGAAUAAUCCCCGAUACUCGGUGCUGGACAGCGGAGCUCUUCAGAUCACUGGAUCCCAAGUUGAGGAUCAGGGGAAGUACGAAUGCGUCGCAAACAAUUCUGUGGGUACGGAAUACUCCAAGUCUACUCUGCUCUACGUCAAAAUUCGUCGUGUAUCUCCCCAAUUCUCCAUACCUCCGCCUGCGGUGAACGACGUUGUUCUCGGCGCGUCUUUGAACAUCACUUGUGUGGCUUUUGGCGCCCCGAUGCCAUACGUCAAAUGGCGUAAAGAUCCAGCCACGGAUUUGACCCCCGAGGACAACCUGCCUAUCGGGAAAAACGUACUCUACUUAACCGAUAUUCAAGAGAGCUCGAACUACACUUGCAUUGCUGCCAGCGAUCUGGGAAUCAUUGAAGCUGGAACUAUGGUCAAAGUGCAAUCUCUGCCAGUGCCACCGGAAAAUAUCCAAGUAUCUGACAUCACGGCAACGUCUGUUAAACUGACUUGGUCCUACAAGGGACCCGACGAGUUACAGUACUACGUAAUCCAGCAUAAACCCAAGCAUGCCAACCAGGCUUAUUCUGAGAUUUCCGGAAUCACAACCAUGUACUAUCACGUGCGAAGUCUCAGCCCCUACACAGAGUACGAGCUCAUCGUCAUUGCCGUCAAUAACAUCGGACGUGGUCCCCCCAGUGCGCCAGCGAUUGUUACAACGGGUGAAACAACGGAAUCGACAUAUGGAGGUGCCAAACCGGGAACCGCACCCCGCAACGUUCAGGUUCGGCCGCUGAGCUCGAGCACGAUGGUCAUUCAAUGGGAUGAGCCAGAGACACCCAACGGUCAAGUAACGGGGUACAAAGUCUACUACACGACGGAUUCGAACCAGCAAAUGGCAUCCUGGCUCUCCCAAAUGGUAGACAACAACCAGUUGACUACUAUUUCUGACCUCACUCCGCACACCAUCUAUACGAUCAGGGUUCAGGCACUGACUAGCGUCGGUCCAGGACCUCUGAGCACUCCGGUUCAGGUGAAAACACAACAAGGCGUGCCCAGUCAGCCAAACAUGCUGCGAGCGACUGAAAUUGGGGAGACCAGCGUAACGCUCCAAUGGAGUAAACCGGCUCAUAGCGGAGAAAACAUUCUUAGCUAUGAGCUUUACUGGAACGAUACUUACGCAAAGGAGAAGCACCAUCGAAGAAUACCGAUCGGUGAAACUUAUGUACUGACCGGGUUGUACCCGAAUACUCUCUACUACGUUUGGCUGGCAGCUAGAAGCCAGAGAGGUGAAGGUGCCACGACUAGCCCUUAUCCUGUUCGCACCAAACAGUACGUCCCUGGCGCUCCGCCCCGCAAUGUAACCGGACAAGCUGUCAGCCCGACAGCAAUUUUGGUCUCUUGGGAACCCCCGCCAGCUGACAGGUCAAACGGAAGAAUAGCCUACUACAAACUGUUCGCGGUGGAAAGUGGGAGAUCCGACUCUGAGGCCUCCGUUAUCAAACUCAACGCAACUAGCUUCGUUAUGGACGAACUUAAAAAGUGGACUCAGUAUCGGAUUUGGGUUUUGGCUGGCACCAGUGUUGGUGACGGACCCCCUAGUUUUCCUACCACUGUCCGCACUCACGAAGAUGCUGAAAAAAUGCCCGGAGACCCUCAAGACGUUAAAGCGACUGCGAUAAACUCAACAGCCAUUCACGUGGUGUGGAAACCACCACUAGCUAAGGACAGGAAUGGUCUGAUUCGUGGGUAUCAUAUACACGUUCAAGAAGAAAGAGAAGAGGGAAAAGGUUUCUUGAACGAUCCCAUGCGUCGAGAAGUUCUCGAAGACGUUUCGGAAUUAAACAUUACCGGGCUACAACCUGACACAAGGUACUCGGUCCAAGUCGCUGCUUUGACUAGAAAAGGAGACGGCGAUCGGUCUCCGCCAGUCCAUGUUCAGACUCCAGGCGGUGUACCUAACAGGCCGCAAGUGAAUUUAAAAGUCAUGGAGAGAAACCCUAUAGUCCUAGAAUUGGAAUGGGGCCGUCCAAGCGAGACUUACGGAGAACUUUUGGGGUAUAGAAUACGAUACGGUAUCAAGAAUCAGACAUUGAAGGAGGAAUUCCUCGAGGGUACUCAUAGAGAUACUCAUAAAAUCACGGAUCUUGAAGAGCGAGGUGUAGAUUACGAGUUCAGAGUCGCUGGGCAAAACCAUAUUGGUUUUGGUCAGGAAACGGUACGGAACUGGUUCAGUCCAGAGGAUGCGCCUUCAGGACCGCCUACGAAUUUGUCGUACCACUUUCAAACGCGGGAUACCGUCUGUGUCACUUGGGAGCAGCCAUCUCGUCACCAUAGGAAUGGUCAGAUAAUUCGCUACGAUGUACAGUUCAACAAGAAAAACGACCACACAACAACAAUAGAUAGAAACACGACGCAGACGAGAGCUGUUUUUACAAAUCUCGAAGAGAAUACGGAGUAUGUUUUUCAUGUCAGAGCCUACACGUCGAAGGGUGCCGGUCCCUUCUCUGAAAAGAUCACAAUAUUGACUGAAAAAGAUGUUGGAAGAGCUCCGAUGUCCGUCAAAGCGGUUGCUACUUCAGAAUCCAGUGUCGAAGUGUGGUGGGAGCCUGUACCUAAUCGGGGGAAAAUAAUUGGGUACAAAAUUUUUUACACCAUGACAGCCGUCGAGGAUCUUGACAAGUGGCAACAGAAGACUGUUGGUGUUACGGAGUCUGCAAACCUAGUUAAUUUAGAAAAAUAUGCUCAAUACGCGGUCGCCGUAGCAGCGCGGUACAAAACGGGUCUCGGAAGGCUAAGUGAUAAGGUCACGGUGAAGGUAAAGCCAGAAGACGUGCCGUUGAACUUGAGAGCACCUGACGUAUCGACCCACUCAAUGACGCUGCUAUGGAAGCCACCGAUAAGACUGAACCCAGCCAACUACACUAUAUCCUUCGAUGCAAUCAAGGAAUUUGUUGACUCUCAAGGUAUAACUCAGAUCCAGGUAGUUCAGCGUAAACAAAUCGUUGUCGAUCCACAAACCACUACAACUACCGUAAACGAACUAGCUCCAUUCACAACGUACAAUGUAAAUGUUACGGCGGUUCCUUCGGAUGGGCAGUACAGACCCCCUGCCAAAAUCACCGUUACUACUCAGAUGGCUGCACCUAAGCCAAUGGUGAAGCCUGAUUUUUAUGGAGUCGUCAACGGCGAAGAAAUUCAAGUGAUAUUACCUCAGGCAUCCGAAGAAUAUGGACCUAUUUCGCAUUACUACUUGAUCGUUGUGCCCGAAGAUACAGCAACUGCUAACAAACAACCGGACGAAUUGACCGAAGAUACGAUAUCGAACCUCGGUGGUAAACAGGAAAGGGAAAACGCGCCUUACAUUGCUGCCAAGUUUUUGCAGAGGAAUAUCCCUUACACGUUUCACCUCGGCAGUGGAGGCUUAUACGAAGGUUUUGUCAAUAGGAAAUUGGACAGGAACAAGCGAUACAGGAUUUUUGUACGUGCCAUUGUGGACACACCACGAAAGCAUCUGUACACGUCGUCCCCAUUCUCGGAAUACCUGUCUUUGGACAUGAGGGAAGUUCCUCCUGGUGAGCCACCAAGUAGGCCGAACCCUAACAUUCCAGUCGAUGGACAUCCAGAAGUGUCCGUUACGAAUAGCGGACAAGAACCAGGGAUGGUUUGGGUGGUCGGUCCAAUCAUUGCAGCUCUUGUGGGCAGCGUAUUCAUGGUACUUCUGUUCGUUGUAAGAAAGCGCAGACAGCCCUGCAAAGCUCCUGAUCAGGCGGCCGUCACUCGUCCUCUAAUGGCAGCGGACAUAAGCUCAAGCCACGCGCCUUCAGAUCCCGUCGAAAUGCGUCGACUCAAUUUCCAGACACCAGGAAUGAUCUCGCACCCACCGAUACCAAUUAGCGAGCUAGGAAACCACAUCGAGCGCUUGAAAGCCAAUGACAAUUUGAAAUUCAGUCAAGAAUACGAGUCGAUUGAACCGGGACAGCAGUUUACAUGGGACCAUUCAAACAUGGAAGUAAACAAGCCAAAGAAUCGCUACGCCAACGUGAUCGCGUAUGAUCAUUCCCGGGUGAUUCUUCAGUCCCUGGACGGAAUGCUGGGAUCAGACUACAUAAACGCGAACUACUGCGACGGAUACAGAAAGCAAAACGCAUACGUCGCGACCCAGGGUCCUCUCCAAGAUACGUUUGCUGAUUUCUGGAGAAUGUGUUGGGAGUUGAGGACAAGCACCAUAGUGAUGAUGACGAAGCUCGAAGAGAGGACCAGAAUCAAGUGCGACCAGUAUUGGCCAACCAGAGGCGCUGACACGUAUGGUCAGAUGACGGUAACCAUCAGCGACGUGCAGGAACUGGCCACGUAUUGCAUCAGAACCUUCCAAGUAUGCAGGAAUGGCUACUCUGAGCGACGCGAGAUCAAGCAGCUCCAGUUCACAGCUUGGCCUGACCAUGGGGUACCGGAACAUCCUGCACCGUUUUUGCAGUUCUUACGCCGCGUCAAAUCCCUCAAUGUACCUGACAGCGGGCCGCUAGUGGUUCACUGCAGCGCCGGAGUAGGAAGAACAGGCUGUUUCAUCGUCAUCGACUCCAUGCUGGAACGCAUCAAGCACGAGAAGAUGAUAGACAUUUACGGUCACGUGACGUGUCUCCGUGCGCAGAGAAACUACAUGGUCCAGACCGAAGACCAGUACAUUUUCAUCCAUGACGCACUGCUGGAGGCUGUGAUUUGCGGUAACACCGAGGUACCGGCGAGAAACCUGCACUCCCACAUUCAGAAGCUGAUGCAACCCGAACUGGACAAUAUAACGGGAAUGGAACUUGAGUUCAAAAAGUUAUCAAACAUAAAGGCUGACUCGACAAGGUUCAUAUCUGCAAACCUUGCGUGCAACAAGCACAAAAAUCGACUAGUUCAUAUUCUUCCAUACGAAUGCACUAGAGUCUGUCUUCAGCCGCAGCGAAACAUCGAGGGAUCCGACUACAUAAAUGCCAGUCUGAUAGACGGAUACAGAUACCGCGGUGCCUACAUAGCCACUCAAGGACCGCUAAACGACACGACUGACGACUUUUGGCGCAUGCUGUGGGAGCACAAUUCGACGAUAGUCGUUAUGUUAACAAAGCUCAAGGAAAUGGGUAGGGAAAAAUGCCACCAGUACUGGCCCUCCGAUCGCUCAAUAAGGUACCAGUGUUUCGUGGUGGAUCCAAUCGCCGAAUAUAACAUGCCGCAGUACAUACUCAGGGAAUUCAAAGUGACUGAUGCACGAGACGGAGCGAGCCGUACGGUUAGACAAUUCCAGUUCAUAGACUGGCCGGAACAAGGGGUGCCCAAGUCGGGAGAUGGAUUCAUAGACUUCAUAGGACAAGUGCACAAGACGAAAGAACAAUUCGGCCAGGAUGGACCCAUCACGGUUCACUGCAGCGCCGGUGUUGGGCGCACCGGUGUUUUCAUCACCCUGAGCAUCGUCCUCGAGCGUAUGCAAUACGAGGGUGUUGUCGAUAUCUUCCAAACAGUUAGAAUACUCCGUACGCAACGUCCUGCUAUGGUUCAAACGGAGGACCAAUACCAAUUUUGCUAUCGAGCAAGCCUUGAAUAUUUGGGCUCCUUCGAUCACUAUGCCAACUGACGAGCAGAAACAUGCGAUCGAAGGGAAAGGCAACAGCAGCGAAAUCACGAUUCCGGAGAUCAGGCGAGAAUACGUCGUGUAUAGAAUUGCGAGUGACUCGUUGGUGAGUGUGAAAAACGAUGUGACAAAUAAGAUAUUAAUAUGGCUAUCGAUGACUGGCGAUGGCUGAAACACAUAGGAUGUUAUAUUCUUAUUUUACAGAGACUUAUAUUACGAUCGUAGCUUAGUAAAAUGUUAGGAUAAGUUCCAACAAGUGUUUAAAAACAGUGACUAUGUAGUUAGUGUUAUAAUGAUUAGUAAUAGUAAAAGCGAAUGCAGGAGAAGCAAUUUCGAAAGGAAAUUUUCAUUGUUAUCGUUUUGUAGAGUGAUGAGUGUCUGCGCUGUAAUAGUAACGAAAAGAAGGUAAAGUAAACGAAUUAAUAAAACCAAGAAGAACGAUGAUUAAUUAAAAAAAAAUUUGAUAAAAUAUUCGGUAGUUUACUAAAGAACAAUUUUUACCGCGAAUUUAACGAUCUGUAGACAAGCGAUAACUGGCGUAUCGUCAAUUCCACCGUUAUUGUUAGGACUAUAUUAAUACCAUAUGUAGAGUCUUCUCAACUGUAGUAUUUAAUAUUGUCGACGUGAUGAAUUUAAAAAAUUUAAUUACAUUCCAGCUUACAGUAAUGACGUCCGAUUGUGAGUCUGUCUAAUUUUUCCCCAGUAGCUAUCUACAACAAUUAGUUAAUAUUUUCUAGAUUAUUACCCAUGCGCGUUAUAAUCGCAGAAGCACGACGGAUCGUUACAAAGAGAUUGAAUAUCGGGCAUUCCAUGUCAAAUUUACCCCUUUUUUCCCUCACCAUUUUUGAUUCGUUCCGCGAUUUUUUAUACGAUUCUACCAUUUAAAAAAGGCACCCCUGAUUUUUUUCAAAUUUUUUUCGCUAACCGUAUUUUUUAAAUGUUAUUCAAACCCAUUUCGAAAACGGUCGUUUUUAAAAAUUUUAAAAAAUUCUGAAAAAUCUAGUUUCUCAUUCCGAUCACACCCUCACCUGGCCGAUGAUAGGCCGAUUUUUUCUAUUUUUUUUUUCUUAGCACUUUAAACAUUUUCAACAAACGAAACUCUAUCUUGCAACGGUAUGCAUUGAAAAUGUUGUUGAAAAUGUUAAAAGUGCUAAAAACAAUCGAAAAAAAUCGAACCAUCAUGGUCCAGGUGUCAAUAUGAUCGAAAUGAAAGACUCGAUUUUUGAGACUUUUUGAAUAUAUAUAUAUAUACGAAACGCCAUCUUGAAACGUUAUGAAAAAUCUUCAAAAAGUCUCAAAAAUCGCGUCUUUCAUCUCGAUCAUAUGGACACCUGAACCAUGAUGGUCCGAUUUUUUUUCGAUUGUUUUUAGCACUCUUAACAUUAUAUAUAUAUAUAUACGAUAUAAAUAAAGAAAUGAAAUUAAAACGAAUUGAAACCUGCGGAAUUAUACACAAAUCAAAGAAUGGCUUACUAAGUAUAGCUAUCGGAGUCGGACAUAUCUAAAAUUGGGAUAUAGAUAAUUAAAUUUUCACCCUACCUUGAGGGUAAAAUUUUUUGAGCCCUUUUAAACCUUUCUUCGUCAUAUCUAGUUAGUUCAAUUAUAUAGCAUAGAAACUCGAUAAUGUUGAAACGACCAUAUUUCUACUGUAUAGGAAAAAAAAAAGUAAUAAAAAUAAAUAAUACUAAUAAUGAGAAUUAAAUAAAGAAGAACGAGCAUGCGAAUUAUACUUUAGACGAAGUGUAAUAGUUAUACUUCUAGCGUAUGCUUCACACUCUACAAUUACUAUAAUAGUGAGUAAAACGUAAUAACAUUAUAACUCCUUGCAAAUACAUGAAAAUUUCCAUUUAUCAACGGUGAAAAUUGCCAUACUGCCAAAUCGACAAUUAUUAAUACUAUUAUAAAUAUACGUAUACAUUAUACCCCACUAUGCACUAUAGGUAAUCUCCUGUUCGUAUGAAUUAUCUACAUUAUUAUUACGUUACAUUAUACAUAUAUUAAUGAAUUGAAAUUAGAUAUAAUAAGCGAAACAUUAUACAAGCUUGGACUAAGACGGAAAGCCGUUAGUAAAAAAGUUGUCGUAAAUAAAUGAAUGGUGUGAACGAGAAGAGUGAGAGAUAGAAAUAUAGAGCGAGAUAACGAUAUGAAAGAAAGUACGGUGCCUCUAACUAAGGAACGGUGCACGGUUCAUUGGUGCACAAUAUUUGAUGAAUUAUUAUUUAAGUAGAACACUGUAUGUUGACUUCAUGUAAAGUUUACCUGCGCCCUCGAUCACUAUUUAUAGCCCCACUCCACACACUGCAGUCUCAUCACAAUGACAAAUUUUUCAUUCAAAAAUUGUACGAUGUAGGCAUAAGGAUGUACGUAUACGCGAUUAAUUUCUCACAAAUUAUCUUUAACAUGUCUAUAUGCAUAUAAAGCGUUCUUUGUCAACUGUCAAUAAGUUACAUUUCCUAUUUACUUCUUGGGUAUUUUUCACGUAUUUCCACAUGUUUUAAUACUCAACCACAAGAUCCGUUUUUCUCCUCCAAAGCAAUACGGCAUGAACGUGAUAGAUCACGCGAAUCAAAAUAAUCCAGGAUAUUCUUAUCAUCUGCUUUUUGCAAUUCUACCUGCUUAUCAUUUUAACGAGGAUAUGCAGACCAGUCUUAAGGAAAAAUAUUCUAAAAACAGACUAUUCGUUCGAUUCAACGUCUUUAAGUUAAUAGCUGUGAAUUGUAUUUCAUUUUUUUUUUUAACUGUGUGCAGAAUCCAUAGGGAAAUAUGUAAUAUCAGUAGUUCUGAUAGUUUCGAACUGAAAAACCACUAUUAAUGCGGAAUUGUGUAAAAACCAAUCAACUCAAAAUAAUUUUGUAGUAAUUCAUCAUUUGCUUUCAUUUUAUUACAACGAAACUAUUUGAAGUACCAUGUUACACAUUUCUCUGUACGUUUCGUAUACUUCCAAGAAAAUGAAUGAGAAUUUAUGAAAAAAUUCAACGAUAAAAAUACGUUUUGAGUAUUGAGACAGUUAAAUAUAAUCCAUACAUAUACCGUCAACAGAAUCUUCGCUGUGAAGUAAAAUUUUAUUUUACUACAAGUAUUUUCUCAUAACAUGCCAGCUUGUAUGAAAAAAAAAACGAAUUUCCCGUAUGGUCGGACCUAAAAAUAUGAAAAGAAGUGAAAAAUAUUCAAAAGUUUGACGGAAAAAGUAGCUCAGUUUACAAGGAAGGUACAACUUAUACAUACGUUAAACUAUGUAUAGAAUGCCAAAAAUAUUCGCAGCUGAUGUAACAUCGUUUGUUUUCUUCAUAGCAUUCCAAUUUCCAUAAUGAAUGAAAUUUAUCUUUACAUUAUUUAUUUUUUUAUUUCUCCACAUAGUGAAAUUUUUGCAAGAAAUUGUAUAAUUCUGAGUCAACAAUCACGACAAAGUUCCUUCAAAUUUUAGCUGGUGAGCUGUUUGUAAAUAGCCUAACGGGUACAUGAAUGUAUAUCUUUAUUCAGAUCGAAUUCUAUGAUCUCGUUUGUUGCUAAUAUACAUUAUAAUAAGUACUGCUGACAAUAAUGUUUCAAUGAAAAAAAUUUAAUUGUGCCUGUUAACAUUUACAGUACUGCACCUUUAUAGUGUACACAUAUGCGUACAUUAGUAGAUAUAAAUAUAUAUACAUAUUUAAAGAUAAUAAUAAUUAUGAAUAAAAAAAAAAAAGAAACAAUGCCCUCCAGGCUCGCGAAAUUUUUUGGCAGCUUCUCUUUCUACUUUCGUUGUUCAAGACUGAUAAUUGUCAUUACUAUAUAAAUAAAAUUCCUCGCGAAAUUAGUCAUCCACUUUGCAAUUUUAUUUUUCUGUACAAAACGAUAUAUGUAAUAAUUUUGUUAUUAUCAACUCAUCUUCUAUCAUUCCGACUUUGAACAUUAUAAACGAAUUCCAUAUCUAUACUAUAAAUCAUCGUACACACACACACACACACACACACAUACACACACACAAAAGUGAUAAUAAAUGAAUUACCAAGUGUGAAUUGUAAGGGAAUUAAAAUGAAAUCGUUGUCCACGAAACUUAUUAUUUAGUAAUAACCGAUUAACGAGGGCCAGGCUAUCACAUUUAUGUGUACAUAAAAAAUGCACCGUCUAUCAUUGAUAGCGUUUAAUAGCAUAUAAUACGUGUAGAAAGAAUAACACAUACAUAUAUAUAUACAUGAAUACACAUAUGUAUAUAUAUUAUGCAUAUUUUAUCAUUAAUAUUAAUGAUGAUGAUUAAGACGAUGACGAUGAUAUUAUUCUAAAAGUAUAGAAUUAUAUACAUACAUAAACAUAGUGCAGCUGAUCGGAUGAAUAUUUUCAAGACUAUCAAGAUACUACGAUAAUAAUAUACAUAUAUAUAGUUACGAUUAACUGUAUUUGACUUAUCGUAUCGACUGCACACCUCCCGAUCAAGGUGAAAAACAAUAUUCGCGCAGCAUUUAGAAAAUAUGAUUAUUUUAACACGCUUCUUUUAUACUUUGUAUCAUCACGUUUUUAUAUAUUUUUACAAAUCAAUAAUCGCAUGUUAUAUUUUUUAAGGGUUAUUAUCUAUUUAGUUUACGUCGAGCAGCUGAUAUGCAGCCACAUAGGGUGAGCUUUGAGACAUUUUUAAUGAUAUCUCAAUAUACGUUCCGAAAACCGCUCUUAUACUUUUUCACAACCACAGAAAAUAAUUUUAUUCAUUAAAGUGAAAUAUAUUUUUCUCAUUCCUAUCUCUUCCUCGGAUUGUAUUAUACACCUUCAAUGAUUGUAAUAUUUUUUUGAAAUUCCCAUACUAGAAUAGAGUUACUUAACAUGCGGUGAGAUUAUGAAUCUUGAUUUUAUUCUGAUAUAAUUAAGAUUUCUCAAAACUCACGUCUAGAAAACGUAAUUCCAUUAAAAUAUCUACAAUAUGAACAAAUAAUGAAUUGUGUACGAAUAGUUAAAUGAUAUAUGUUUUUGCAUCAACUGCAAGUGUAGCAUUUAUUAAAUGCAUUUACCGUUUAUCUGUAUACAACAGUCCAUUACCCAUAUAUACUUAUAUGAUAUACAAUAUAUUAUAUAAUAAUAUCUAUACAUAUAUAUAUUUUUUUUACACAUUUUUUAAAUAUCUUUUUCUUUGUAAACUUUUUUCUCAUAAUUACAACAUUGUUUUAUCGCCACCAUAUAUUAAUUAAAUUUGAGUGUACGUUGUAUUUUAGCUACCAGUAUCGUUAUAAAUUUUAAGUUUUAUUUAUAACCCAAAGUGUUUCACGAAUGCAUGCAUAUGUAAUAAUGUGGUUUGUUGUAUUCUUCUUGAACGAUUGCGAAGAUCUAUGGGAAGCUGAAUUUCAUAUCACGAAUAACGAAGACACUGAGUAUAAUAAUUCGUGGCAUAUAGUUAGUCAAUAUAGUAAAUCACUACUGUAUGCUAAAACUCUGAAAUUUAACAGGAUCGAAAACAAAUUUAAUCCCGAAUGAUCAUGAAAUUGCUUAGUCUUGGAAUUAUAAAAGAUAUACUUAAGGGUAAUAAUUGGCAAAUAUAAUUUAUAAAAUUGUAAUAAAGCAUCUUGAAAGAAUUAAUAUUAUUUUUAUUACAAUCACUAUUACUAAUAGUUUCUCGGGUAUAAUUUUUCUAUGAAAUUUUGAACACGGAAAUAAAAAGAAAGAGUACAACAGGCUGCGGUUGGCAUACAUGGAAAAAAAAUGCCAAGUUACUAAUUACAAUUAUUAACACACAAACACACACGCAUACCCAUACAAAUCGAAUAUUAUUGUAUACAUAUAUGUGUAUAUAAUAGGGACAAACGUGAAAAAGUCUGUUGACAAAAAGAGAUACCAUGUAUAUAUAUAUAUACAUUAUGUAUAGCCUCGUGGCAUCAAUAAACUAGCAACCAACA